AAAUACAGGAGGAAAAUCAUGGACAAGUCUCUGAUGCAGCGUCUGCUUGGCUCGAGGAAAAACUCAAGGCUCCACCUGACUGCAGUGAUGGUGAAAUACAGCUCCCAUUUCUCCCAACAUGGAGAUGAGAGCUACGAUGAUGUGCCAUCCUUUGAGGAUUUUGGUGCCUUUAUGGCAGAGAAGUCAGACAGGAAGCAGCUGAGUGACAGUAAAGCACACAGGACAGUGUUUAACCAUCAGUAUGAAUCGAAAUCAAGAGGUUCUAAAGGGGUCAGAGGUCAGCUGCAGAGCUUCAGUGAGGCGAGUGUGCUAUCAUCACGCAUGAUGUGGGCAGUGCUAUUUGGUGCAGCUCUGGCUCAUGGCUGUGUCUCUCUCCUGACACGUUUAGCUGAAGAUUUGUCCCACAUCCCAUCGCUUGAGCUUCUCUUUGUCCGCUCUGUCCUCCAGCUCCUGUCCAUCGCUGUUGUUCUUUACCACAAGGAGGCGCCAUUUGGGCCACAAGGCUGCAGGCUGCAUCUUUUCUCCUAUGGAAUAUGUAAUGUCAUCUCCAUCUCCUGUGCAUACACCUCCUUUGCACUAGUUCCUCCUGCUAAUGGCGCUAUUGUAUGGCGAGCGAGUGCAACAGUGUUCAGUGCCAUCUUGUCCUUCCUGCUCGUCGAUGAGUGGCUUGGUGCGACGGACACCAUCUCUGUCUCCUGCAGCAUCUUUGGGCUGGGCCUCAUAUUAAUCCCCAAUCUUGCUAGUGAGAAAAAUCCACUUGGGUUCUGGAAGGAGGCAUUUGGUUAUGUCCUGAUGGUUUUGGCAGGAGUGAUGGCAGCACUCUCCAUGAUUCUGUACAGGUGUGUUAAGCAGCAAGUGAGCAUGUGGACAGCAUUGUUUACUUUUGGAUGGAUGGGUUCUCUCUGGUCCUGCUGCUCCAUGUUCCUCCUGCAGGAACCUGUCCUUCCACACAAUGCAAAGACCUGGAUCUUCCUCAUAUCCAUCUGCUUCUGCUCCACCAUCGCCUUCCUGGGGGUUUAUUAUGGCUUGCAACAUCUUCACCCCGCACUAGUUAGCACGGUGCAGCACCUGGAGCUCGUUGUGGCGAUGCUUCUGCAGCUGCUCGUACUGCACAUACUCCCCUCUGUCUGUGACAUCAUCGGUGCCAUCGUCAUCAUCGUCAGCGUCCUUGCACUCAGCCUCAUCAAAGUUCUGUGUAGUGGAAAGCACAGGACGGAGGAAUACGAAGAAAUCCUGGACUCGUCCAUAAAAUAA